CUCGGUUCUACACAUUUGCUGGAUUGAAUGUUGUCGACUCUGCAGAUCUGAGUGGAUACAGCAGGAAGGAAACAAGACGUUGAGCCAAUAGCUGCCAUUCCUGCAGAACCGGUCCACAGAGAGAUGUGGUGGGUGCUGUGGGUGCUCGCUGCCUUGCUGGCUCUCUUCUGUACUCUGGAUGUGUGGUACUUCCUCCGGGCGGCUGCCGUGGUCCUCCGGGCCUGGUUCCAGCCUCCAAUAUGGGACGUCACUGCAGAGCAGAUCCGAACAGGCCGGGUCAGUUCCAAUGACAUCGACAUGUGCCACAUGAACAACGCUCGUUACCUCCGGGAGUGUGACUUUGCCCGCUUCUCUCUCUACAUGCGUAACGGGGUGUUCAAGGCACUGCGAGCGCUCAAAGCUUCAAUGGUCGUGGGGGCCACCACCAUCCGUUACCGCAGGGCUCUGUAUAUAGGUGAGGGGUACGAGCUGCGUAGUCGUGUCGUCACUUGGGAUGACAAAGCUUUUUUCCUGGAGCAGAGAUUUGUGUCAACAAAAGAUGGGUUGGUGUGUGCCGUCAUGUACUGCAAGCAGAGUGUCAUACGCAGCAGCCCAGACAAGAUCAUGCAGCACCUGUGCAAGCGGAAGGUGGAGUGUCCUGAGUUUCCAGAGGACCUUCAGCACUGGGUCAACUUCAUCUCCGCCAGCAGCCAGGCCCUCAGAGCCGAGGGUGGACUAGACGAUAAGAACAAAUAAGACAUUGCUUGGACAUCUUUAAGAUAAGCUUUUUGUAUAACAGCUUAUUUACCAGCUCAGGAUUAAAAGGACAUUUGUCUUCUGUUCACAAUGACUUGACUUAAACACACUUGUGCCUACACAUCUGAAUAUAAGCUUUACUAAGACCCCAAUACAUGUCAACACUGGAAAAAACUAGCACACUAGAUUGUUUGGAGAGGCCGGAAACUGAUUACGCAAUCAGUAAUAAUAAAGUAAUAUUGUUGUAUAAAGUUAAUCUUUGUGUAUAACGACUGCAAUAAAACAGAUUUUGAAAUA